AUGGCUGUCAUAUUCUCUCGAGUGGUUGCCCCAGCAGCCCUCAUUUGGCUACUAUUGCCCUUCGCCCAUGGAGAACAGAUUACUAAAAUUACCACCGACCAAAAUCCAGGCAAAUGGGAAGGAUGGGGAGUUUCUUUAGCGUGGUGGGCAAAUAUCUUCGGCGACCGCGAUGAUCUAGCCGACAUAUUCUUCACCAAGAAGUCUACCUAUUGGAGUCAGGGUAACCAGACACUUCCCGGUCUUGGCCUGAAUAUUGUCCGUUACAAUGCAGGUGCUUGUUCGUCGAGUACAGUCAACGGCUCCACAAUCUCCUUGUCAUCCAGCAUCCCAGUUGCGAAGCAGAUAGCCGGAUACUGGCUCGAUGGCGAAAGUAUCCAUCCUGCUUCGAGUAGUUGGGACUGGACAAUGGACGCCAACCAACGCUCCAUGAUGCUGAAAGCCCAGUCACGAGGCUCUAAUAUCUUCGAGCUUUUUUCAAACUCACCAAUGUGGUGGCAGCUCAGCAACCACAAUCCUAGUGGAUCAUCCAGUGGCGGAGACAAUCUACCGGCGUCUCAGUACCAGAACCACGCUAUAUAUCUAUCCACGAUUGCCAAAUACGCCCAUGACCACUGGGGCGUCACUUUCAACUCUAUCGAGCCUUUCAACGAGCCUGCUGCUAGUUGGUGGAAGUCCACCGGUACCCAGGAGGGCUGUCAUUUUGAUGCCACCUCCCAGAAGGCUCUCAUCCCUAUCCUUCACCGGGAGAUGCAGAUCCGGGGCCUGAGCAAAACCAUCAUUUCCGCAUCUGAUGAAAACUCAUUCCAGGCGGGUUUAAACUCAUGGAAUACCAUCACAGAGGAAACAGAGAAAUCCUACGUCGGCCGGAUGAACGUGCAUGGAUACCAAGGUUCCAGUGGACCACGCUAUUCACUCCAGCAAGCCGCUCGUAAAAUCGGCCAGGGCGUCUGGGAUAGCGAGUACGGUGAUAAGGAUGCCAGCGGCGAUACUCUUCUCCAAAAUCUGAUGCGGGAUAUCCAGCUCCUACAGCCUACGGCUUGGGUACACUGGCAAGCAAUCGAUGGAUCGGGUUGGGGACUCAUCAAGGGUGAUAUCAACAGCAAAACCCUUACAAACGCGAGCCACAAGUACUUCGAAUUGGCACACUUAACUCGCCAUAUCCUUCCUGGCAUGCAAAUUGUCAAUACAACCAGCAGCAAUGUCGUUUCGGCAGUCAACGAGCACACCAAGACCCUGGCUAUUAUUGCAGCAAAUUGGAAUGAUACUCAGACUCUCACUUUUGAUCUAUCUGCCUUGUCUCAGGUCCCGGCUGAUGGAACCCAAGUCAGGAGUUGGAUCACGGACCGUGCGGGGGAUAAGCUUUAUGCGAGGGGCGAGAACCUUGUUAUUUCAGGGAAGUCGUUUUCUACUGACUUUGAGACUGGUACAGUGAUGACGUUUGAGGUGGAUGGUGUUUCUAUUUGA